AUGGAGACAUGCGGUUCACGCUUCACCGCAGCAGAGGGCGGAGCCAGACUUGCUGCGGUGGUCAGUAUGAAGAACACCAUUAUAACAGAACACUGUUCCUUUGUAACAACCAGACUAUUGUACGAAGAUGCCUACAAGAUACGCGGGUUAUUAAGCGAGGGUCGUCAAAGAUCAAUCUAUCUAACGAGAGCAUCUCGAAUUGCCUACGUAGCCUACGAAUUGAGUAUUUUAACAGACCUUGCCAUAGGACAGAGUGUAAAGUACGAAGAUAUCGAUGAUUGGAGUGCUCAGUUAGAGGAAAAAGAGGUCAUAGUGUGCACAUCGAACACUCUUCAGCGAGUUUUAAGGGAGGGUCUGCUUAGUAUACCAGUCAUAAAUGUCUUGGUUAUUGAUAGCUGUCAUUUAAUAUCUAUAGAUGAAGACUUGAAAUAUGUAAUGAACCUUUACAAGCAAUGCGAGGAGAGCAGUCGGCCCAGAUUAUUAGCUCUUACCUAUCCGUUAUUCACAUCUGUAAGUAAUGACAAUGAACAAUUAGAAAACGUUGUUAAAAAUAAUGAAGAGGGAGAAGAUAAGUCUGAUGUAGAAGAUGAUAAAAUUAGUGAUACAAAUAUAGUUAAUGCAGAUCAGGUAAUAGAUAAAAAUGAAACCAUAGAAAAUGUAAAUGAAAAUAAAGAAUUAGUCGAUGAAAAUAACGAAACUGUGGUUAGUGCAGAAAAUUCAAUGGUUGUUAUUAAAAAUAAGGAAUAUAGUAUAGGUGAUUAUCAGAAUGUUGAUGAUUUCGAAAUGUACGAGAAAUUAGGUUGGAAAAUCGAAGAGCUGGAAAAUGAUUUGAACUGUGAAAUGGAUUUAGCGGAAGACAUUGAUGGCGGCAAAAGGUUAUCUGCAACAAUAGCUAAACCAAAAGAGGUUAUAAUAGAAUUUGGCAAGCAGCUCUCGUUGGACAAUUUGCCGGACCUGUAUAAAGAGUUGGACCAGUAUAUGAGGGAUACAAUACGGGAUGCUAUGGAUUUUAUUAAUGAACAUAGGUAUGAUCCAAUGGAGAUUUAUGGCGAGGAGCUUUUUGAAGAAUUUAUGAAUAUACCAGACCCUACAAGAGAACCUAAGGAGUUAUUCUAUCAAUUCCUUUACAUUUUGGACGAAUUAGGUCCAUACGCUGCUGAUAAGGCAGCAUUCUACUUGCUGACUAAAUUGGAGAAAUUGAAAGUGAAAGUCCCGUAUGAAAGACACUUCUUAUUAUUAUGUAUGUGUACAUCUCUCCUCAUUAAGAUCCGUGCUUUUGCAGAUAAUAUAUUUUCACAGUUUAACGAUUGGGAGAAAAUACAGACGUUUUGUACACCGAAACUACUAAGAUUUGCCGAAAUACUGGAACAAUUCCGACCAACAGAGAGCAACAAAAUCGACGAAAAUAGAGUUGAUAGUUCAGAAAACGCAAUUGAUAGUGCCAAAUCUGAAAUAAACACUUCGAAAACUACAAAUAUGUUGAAAGCUAUCAAUGAUUGCGAUUUCAUUACUCUCGGCAACAAAAUUGAAGACCGCGUUAACACUUACGAGGCUAAUUUGAAGGAACUUGAAAAUGUUCCAGAUGAGUGCGGAAAUACAGUGGAUAGUUGUGGAAAUAAAAGUGAUAGUUCAUUGAGAAUUGUAGAAAUAAGUUCGAAUAGUAAUAGUGAAGUGAAGAAAGACGACAGUAAACUUUAUAAUGAUACAAAUAAAGUUGAUAGUUGGCAAAGUGGCACAAAACCUGACAGAAAUAUAAGUAUUAUGAGAGGUACAAGGCACAGGGUUAGAGGAAGAGGAAGGGUCCCGCGAAAUAAUCCCGUCAGGAUUCAGCAGGCCCAACAAAAUCCCGACGCUUUAUGCGGCAUUGUUUUUGUAAAGGAGCCUCUGAUGACAAAAAUUCUAUUUAUGCUGAUUGUGGAUAUGACCAGAAGCAAGCCAUCUUUAAACCACGUCUCUGCCCAGUACUGUGCUGAUGAAACAACCGGAAGCGAGUUAAAGGAGUGCCAACGUCAGAGCAGGAAGCAAGAGGAUGUAUUGAAGAAAUUCCGUAUGCAUGAAUGCAAUCUUCUACUUGCCACGCCCGCGUUAGAGGAGGGGAUAGAUCUGCCUCGGUGCAACCUCGUAGUCCGUUGGGACGUUCCACCUUCAUACCGAUCACAUUCACUAUGCAGAGGACGGGCGAGAGCGCCACGUUCGGCUUUGGCUUUGUUGGCCGAAGCACCUGAAUAUAGCAAGCUCUUGCUACAUCAUUUGGCUAUUUAUCGAGAGCUGGAUCAAAUUAUUAGCAGGAAAUGCGGCUGUGGUAUACAAGACGAGCCUCCGCCUGAGGAAGAAAAUCACGCAGAUGAUUUUACACUAGUUGUUAAGGCGUACUCACCUGUAGAAACUAAAGCAGUCACUUCCCUUAAGGACAUCGAAGUCAAUCUAGCCAAAAAUGUAUCUAAGAAAUGUCUACAAGAAUUGAUUAAGGUUAUAUGUGAAAGAAAGAUCAUCAAUACCGAAACAGAAGAUGUUAAAAAUAUAAUUAAAUACCUUAAAGAAUCUGAACCUGAAGUUAUUGAAGGCAAUUGUAAAGACAAAAUUGAAACUAACUCCAGUUUAGACAAAUCAGAAGAGAAAAAAGAGAAAGAAGAUUCUGUAUUGAUAAAUGGAAAGAAAAAUUCUGAAGAUAGUCUAAGUGAAAAUGAAAUAAAGAGUUUUGUUGAUAAAAUUGAAACUAUCCAAGAAUCAAGAAAUAUCAAAAAUGAUAUAAUUACAGAGUUAGUUAAACAAAUAGAUUGUAUACAUAUAGACUCAAGAAAUGAUAGUAGCAAAUUUCAAGAUAAUAAAGAUAGUGUUAAUGAUAAUAGUGAUAAAAGUGAAAGUUUUAAAGAGAUAGUUGAGAAUGUGAAUCAGUGUAUAGAGAGUUUAUCAGUGGAUAGUUCCAAAGAUAGUGUAAAUUGUAAAACAGAGACAGGUGUUAAAAGUAGUGACAGUGACUGUGUUGUCAGUGUAGAUCUCAGUACCGCUAUUGCUCUGAUAAAUAGGUAUUGUGGUAAACUACCAUCGGAUACAUUCACUCGCCUCGCUCCUCAGUGGUGGAUGGAGGAGGUGCUACUGCCAGACAGAGAUGGGAAUAUGCGGAAAGCUUUCAUCUGUACCCUUCGGCUGCCUCUUAACUGCCCUGUAAAAUAUAAUAUUGUGGGACACCCUAUGCCGACCAGAGUUCUAGCCAGACGUAUGGUGGCCCUACAGGCGUGCAGGAUUUUGCACAAGUCUGGGGAACUUGACAAUCAGCUGAUGCCCAUUGGUAAAGAGAACUUCAAAGCUGCAGAGCUGGAGGGGGCCAGCAACUCGGUUAAUAACUGUGCUAAUAUCAAUGGUGAUGCAACUGAGCUCAACGAUUCAGCUAGACCGGGCACUACUAAGAGACGUCAAUAUUACUUUAAACGGACAGCGUGGGCGUUCACCGAUUGUCAGCCGGUGAUCGACGCCAGUGAUUCGGAGAUCGAUUCACCUGACAGCGUACAGCGGGAUGCUGAGCCAAAGCAAGAGGUUAAGUCUGAUGCCAAGCGCAACACGCUGUACGCGAUAGACUCGCGGCUGUGGUGCGCGCUGCCGGAGCGCUACAACACGCGCGGGCGGCGCCUGCACGCGCCGCAGCACGCCAGCCAGGCCAUCGGCAUCCUCAUGGCGCGCCACCAGCCCGACAAGCUGCAGAUCCCGGCGUUCCCGGUGUACACGCGGUCGGGCGAGGUGCGCGUGCAGGUGCAGCUGGCGCCGCGCGCCGACGUGCGCCUGUCCCCGAGGCGAGCUCGCCUGGUGCGCAGAUUCAUGCGUUUCGUGUUCUCCGACGUGUUGAGGGUGCGCAGGCGUGGCAUGAAGCUGCAGAGCGAGGGCUCCACUCACAACAACUAUUACGUAGUGCCUACAAUUAAAACGACAAAGGAAGACGGUACAACAAUGGUUGACGUGGACUGGGGAUUCUUGGAGUUAAUAUACAAGUACACAGAAGAAAAGAAGAGCUUGGAAGUGGAGAAACCGCUCCUCUUUCAACAGGACGAGGAGGAAGAUGACGAGCCCUUAGAGGACAAGAUGUUGGAAAGGGCCAAGGGGAAGGAUAAAGACGGGAAAGUGAAGAAGAUGGAAAAUCCCCUGCUGAAGCCAGGGGAGACGUUUGUUUUCGAUCCCGAGAAGUAUAAGGAAGCGGUUGUCACGCCGUGGUACAGGAAUCAAGAUCAACCACAAUUCUUCUUGGUGGCGGAAAUCUGUUGGAAUCUAACCCCGGAUUCUGCUUUCCCGUCGGCCACGCACACUACGUUCCGGGAUUACUAUAGCACGAAGUAUGGCGUGGAGCUCACGCAACCGAACCAACCUCUACUAGACGUCGACCAUACCAGCGCUAGAUUGAACCUUCUGACACCCAGGUACGUGAACCGCAAGGGAGUGGCGUUGCCAGUGUCCUCGGAGCGCACGCGGCGCGCCAAGCGGGACCGGCUGGACCAGAAGCAGAUCCUGCUGCCCGAGCUGUGCCGCGUGCACCCCUUCGCCGCGCCGCUCUGGUUCGCCACCGUGGCCUUGCCCUGCGUCCUCUACAGAAUAAACGCUCUGCUGAUAGCGGACGAGAUACGUCGCGCCGUUGCAAUAGACGUGGGCCUCGGUAUACCCAAGAUAGACGAGAGCACGUGCCCCGGCUUCCAAUGGCCUCCCCUGGACUUCGGCUGGAGCUUGGCAGAAGUACUAAGCGCUGACUCCGAGAAGAACGAGAAAAAGAAGGACGAAGAAGAUCCAAGCAUAAGAGAGCAGAAGGAAAGGGAAUUGCGGGAGAAAGAAGAGAAUGAGAGGAUAGCAAGAGAGCAAGAGGAGCAGAAUAAGAAAGAGACGGAAAAGACUAUAAAUGAUAUACUACAAGAGAAGGAAGACGCCGCUAGUGGUUUCGAAAUAGGCACGUGGAGUAACGACAUGGCCUCUUCUAUACCGGAGACGGUGGAGUUCGAUGACUAUCUGGAGCCGCUGCCUCCUAACCUCACCUUCUGCACUUCGGCUUCUGGCGGCGGUAACUGGAGCGACCCUAUAGAGAAGCCCAAAAUGCAAUAUGGUGGGUCACGGACCUUCUCAAUGGCCGACAGCGACUGCUCCUAUAUGUCCAGCGACUUCGAUACGGACGAUUCGGAUUUGAACUCGGAAGGUAGUGACGAGGACACCGACACUAGCGGCUUUUGCAGCAGUAAAAACUCCAACGCGGCAAUGGGCGUGCGCAUCGAGUACAAGACGGCGCGUGAAGCGGAAGCUGUGGACCUGGAGCGAGUGCAGAGCGCGCCCGCCGCGCCGCAGCCCAGCCGAGAGGAGGACGAGCGGGACCGCGCCCAGCACCGCGCCGCACUGCGAGCCGCAGCACCGCCGCCACUAUACAUCGAACAGUUCCGCGAAUCCGUAACAAAGCACAAGAAAGAGAUAGUAGACAAAGGAUUCUUAUUAGACAAGGACAAACCGAUAACCGAACUGCUACCCGAAGCAUCGAGAGACUGUAUAGAGAAACUCAACGCCCAAACGAAACCGGCAGUGAAUUUGAAAGAAGUUGAGGAAAUAUUUCCGUACGGUUCUGAGGAAUUGAGCUAUUCUGACGGACAAAUUACGAUAGAGAGUAUAGAGAAGAACAAACGCCUUAUUCUAUCGAAAUUAAAGGAGUCUCUACCCAAAGAGGAUAUCAAGAGAAUGAACUGCUUCUCUAUGAAAGACGUCGACAUUGACUCCCCGGAUUACGUGAACGAAAAGGUUGUGAACGUUGGUUUUGACACUAAAGAUAGUUAUAAAGAGAAGAUCGAACAGUGGGAUAGCAAAAGGGAAUUUAAACCUUAUUACCAGGAGGGGAGGGUGCAGAAUGGCAAGGAGUUCGACUUUGAUUAUCAGCCAGAUUUGGAAGGCCACCCGGGGCCGAGCCCUAGUGUUAUUUUGCAGGCAUUAACCAUGUCGAACGCGAACGACGGUAUCAAUCUGGAGCGGCUGGAGACCAUAGGCGACAGCUUCCUAAAGUUCGCCAUAACGGCAUACCUCUACUGUGCACACCCCACCGUCCACGAGGGGAAGCUAAGCCAUAUGCGGAGUAAGCAGGUUUCGAACCUGAACCUGUAUCGUUUGGGGGUGCGAAGGCGGUUGGGCGCGCGCAUGACGGCGUCCAAAUUCGAGCCGCACGACAACUGGCUGCCGCCCUGCCACCGCGCGCCACACGCGCCCCAAGCACCGCCCCGCCAACCCAGCGAGACGCAAGAGCAGCCAGCCAUUGGAGAUGGCCCCGUCGAUAGCGCUGGAUGUUUCAUCCCGUACAACUUGAUCACGCAGCACAGUAUACCGGACAAAUCGAUAGCCGAUUGCGUGGAGGCAUUGAUCGGGGCUUACCUCCUCGAAUGUGGACCCCGCGGCGCUUUGCUGUUCAUGUCCUGGCUGGGAAUAAGGGUGCUGCCUCGUCACGAUCUCCCGUUGCCGGAAAAUCAUCCUUAUGUCGUGGCGCAUAAAAACGAUCGCGAUGAUGCGCCGGCUCCAGUUGUAGAGAAGUGCCCGUCACCGCAUCUACCGAAACGGGAACCCCGUGACUCUGACUCUGAUUGGAGCGAGGAAGAGGAGGAGGAUGAAGAAGAGGAGGUAGAGGAGCAGUGCGGGCCGCAGGAGUUGGGACCCGAAGAGGAGUGGGGCUGGCCCGGUAGGCCCGUGGGCUCCCUCAAACCGUACCUGCGAUCUGGGACGUGGUACCAACCAAUUUUCGGUGCACUGAAGGCGCCGCCCUCGCCGCUUCUAAGGUACAUAGAGGAUCCUGAGGGAGAGUUGGAGCAAAUGCUGUCAGGUUACGAAGCGCUGGAGCGCACGCUGCAGUACCGGUUCGCGGACCGCGCGCUGCUGCUGCAGGCGCUCACGCACGCCUCGCACCAGCGCAACCGCCUCACCGACUGCUACCAGCGCCUCGAGUUCCUCGGCGACGCCAUAUUGGGUAAUAUUACACUUACAUUCUAA